AGACAGGCCAGUGAGAAUGGAACCCUGAGCAUACUUCGCCGGGACUGAUGUGCGCCCGGAAGGAAUGAAGUAUGGAUGUGAAGGAACGUAGGCCUUACUGCUCCCUGACCAAGAACAGACGGGAGAAGGAACGGCGCUAUACCAAUUCCUCAGCAGACAGCGCGGAGUGCAGGGUUCCCACACAGAAGUCUUACAGUUCCAGUGAAACCCUGAAAGCUUUUGAUCACGAUUCCUCGCGGCUGCUUUAUGGAAACAGAGUAAAGGAUCUGGUUCACAGAGAAGCAGAUGAGUUCACCAGACAAGGACAGAAUUUCACCCUAAGGCAGUUAGGCGUUUGUGAACCGGAAGCCCGAAGAGGACUGACGUUUUGUGCGGAAAUGGGGCUCCCUCACAGAGGUUACUCUAUCAGUGCAGGGUCAGACGCUGACACUGAGAAUGAAGCAGUGAUGUCCCCAGAGCAUGCCAUGAGACUGUGGGGCAGGGGGGUCAAGUCAGGCCGCAGCUCCUGUCUGUCAAGCCGGUCCAACUCAGCCCUCACCCUGACAGAUACAGAGCACGAAAACAAGUCGGACAGUGAAAACGAGCAACCUGCAAACAACCAAGGCCAGUCCACCCUGCAGCCUCUGCCGCCUUCCCAUAAGCAACACUCCGCACAGCAUCACCCAUCCAUCACUUCUCUCAAUAGAAACUCCCUGACCAAUAGGAGGAACCAGAGUCCGGCCCCGCCGGCUGCUUUGCCCGCCGAGCUGCAAACCACACCCGAGUCCGUCCAGCUGCAGGACAGCUGGGUCCUUGGCAGUAAUGUACCACUGGAAAGCAGGCAUUUCCUAUUCAAAACAGGAACAGGGACAACGCCACUGUUCAGUACUGCAACCCCAGGAUACACAAUGGCAUCUGGCUCUGUUUACUCGCCACCUACUCGGCCGCUACCUAGAAACACCCUAUCAAGAAGUGCUUUUAAAUUCAAGAAGUCUUCAAAGUACUGUAGCUGGAAAUGCACCGCCCUGUGUGCUGUAGGGGUCUCAGUGCUCCUGGCAAUACUUCUGUCGUAUUUUAUAGCAAUGCAUCUCUUUGGCCUCAACUGGCAGUUACAGCAGACUGAAAAUGACACAUUUGAGAAUGGAAAAGUGAAUUCCGAUACCAUGCCAACGAACACUGUAUCGUUACCUUCUGGUGACAAUGGAAAAUUGGGUGGAUUUACACAAGAAAAUAACACCAUAGAUUCCGGAGAACUUGAUAUUGGCCGAAGAGCAAUUCAAGAGGUUCCUCCCGGGAUCUUCUGGAGAUCACAGCUCUUUAUUGAUCAGCCACAGUUUCUUAAAUUCAAUAUCUCUCUUCAGAAAGAUGCGCUGAUUGGAGUAUAUGGCCGAAAAGGCUUACCACCUUCCCAUACUCAGUACGACUUUGUGGAACUGCUGGAUGGCAGCAGGCUGAUUGCACGAGAGCAACGGAACCUGCUUGAGUCCGAAAGAGCCGGGCGACAGGCGAGGUCCGUCAGUCUCCACGAGGCCGGCUUUAUCCAGUACUUGGAUUCUGGAAUCUGGCAUCUGGCUUUUUAUAAUGAUGGGAAAAGUGCAGAGCAGGUGUCGUUCAAUACCAUUGUGAUAGAGUCUGUGGUGGAAUGCCCCCGGAAUUGCCAUGGAAAUGGAGAGUGUGUUUCUGGAACUUGCCAUUGUUUUCCAGGAUUUCUAGGUCCGGAUUGUUCAAGAGCAGCCUGUCCAGUGCUGUGUAGUGGCAACGGCCAGUACUCCAAGGGCCGCUGCCUCUGUUUCAGUGGCUGGAAGGGCACCGAGUGUGAUGUACCAAAUACGCAGUGUAUCGACCCGCAGUGCGGGGGUCGUGGGAUUUGCAUCGUGGGCUCUUGUGUUUGCAACUCUGGAUACAAAGGAGAGAACUGUGAAGAAGCUGAUUGUCUAGACCCUGGAUGUUCUAAUCAUGGUGUGUGUAUCCAUGGGGAAUGUCACUGCAAUCCAGGAUGGGGUGGUAACAAUUGUGAAAUACUCAAGACCAUGUGUCCAGACCAGUGCUCUGGUCAUGGAACAUAUCUUCAAGAAAGGGGCUCCUGCACUUGUGACCCUAAUUGGACUGGCCCAGACUGCUCAAAUGAGAUCUGUUCCGCGGACUGCGGCUCGCACGGCGUCUGCAUGGGGGGCGCCUGCCGCUGUGAAGAAGGCUGGACGGGCCCAGCGUGCAGUCAGAGAGCCUGCCACCCGCGCUGCGCCGAGCACGGCACCUGCAGGGACGGCAAGUGUGAAUGCAGCCAGGGCUGGAACGGCGAGCACUGCACCAUCGAGGGGUGCCCCGGUCUGUGCAACAGCAAUGGAAGAUGCACACUGGACCAAAACGGCUGGCAUUGUGUUUGCCAGCCAGGGUGGAGGGGAGCAGGGUGUGACGUGGCCAUGGAGACCCUCUGCACAGAUAGCAAGGACAAUGAGGGAGAUGGACUCAUUGACUGCAUGGAUCCUGACUGCUGUUUACAGAGUUCCUGCCAAAAUCAGCCCUACUGUCGCGGAUUACCUGAUCCCCAGGAUAUCAUUAGCCAAAGCUUACAAUCACCAUCUCAGCAAGCUGCCAAACCCUUCUAUGACCGAAUCAGUUUUCUCAUAGGAUCUGAUAGCACCCAUGUCAUACCCGGAGACAGUCCUUUCAAUAAGAGCCUUGCAUCCGUCAUCAGAGGCCAAGUACUAACUGCUGAUGGAACGCCACUUAUUGGAGUGAAUGUCUCAUUUUUCCAUUACCCAGAAUAUGGAUAUACUAUUACCCGCCAGGAUGGAAUGUUUGACUUGGUGGCGAAUGGUGGGGCUUCUCUAACUUUGGUAUUUGAACGAUCCCCGUUCCUCACUCAGUAUCAUACUGUGUGGAUUCCAUGGAAUGUCUUUUAUGUGAUGGAUACCCUAGUCAUGAAGAAAGAGGAGAAUGACAUUCCCAGCUGUGAUCUAAGUGGCUUCGUGAGGCCGAAUCCUAUCAUUGUGUCGUCACCUUUAUCCACCUUUUUUAGAUCUUCUCCUGAAGACAGUCCCAUUAUUCCCGAGACACAGGUACUCCAUGAAGAAACCACAAUUCCAGGAACAGAUUUGAAACUUUCCUACCUGAGUUCCAGAGCUGCUGGAUAUAAGUCAGUACUUAAGAUCACCAUGACCCAGUCCGUUAUCCCGUUUAAUUUAAUGAAGGUUCAUCUGAUGGUAGCUGUAGUAGGAAGACUCUUUCAAAAGUGGUUUCCUGCCUCACCGAACUUGGCCUAUACUUUUAUAUGGGAUAAAACAGAUGCUUAUAAUCAAAAGGUGUAUGGUCUAUCUGAAGCUGUUGUGUCGGUUGGAUACGAAUAUGAGUCGUGUCUGGACCUGACUUUGUGGGAGAAAAGGACCGCCAUAUUGCAAGGCUACGAAUUAGAUGCUUCCAACAUGGGCGGUUGGACAUUAAAUAAACAUCACGUAUUGGACGUUCAGAAUGGUAUACUGUACAAGGGAAACGGAGAAAACCAGUUUAUCUCCCAGCAGCCUCCCGUCGUCAGCAGCAUCAUGGGCAACGGCCGGAGGCGCAGCAUCUCGUGCCCGAGCUGCAAUGGUCCAGCUGACGGGAAUAAACUCUUGGCCCCAGUGGCGUUAGCCUGUGGGAUCGACGGCAGCCUGUACGUGGGGGACUUCAACUACGUGCGGCGGAUGCUCCCUUCCGGGAACGUGACGAGCGUCUUGGAACUGAGCAGCAGCCCAGCUCAUAGAUACUACCUUGCAACUGAUCCAGUCUCGGGGGAUUUGUAUGUUUCUGACACUAACACUCGCAGGAUUUAUCGCCCGAAGUCACUCACGGGUGCAAAAGACUUGACUAAAAAUGCUGAAGUGGUUGCAGGGACAGGAGAACAGUGCCUUCCUUUUGAUGAAGCCAGAUGUGGGGAUGGAGGGAAGGCUGUGGAAGCCACACUCAUGAGUCCCAAAGGAAUGGCGAUCGAUAAAAAUGGAUUAAUCUACUUUGUUGAUGGAACCAUGAUCAGAAAAGUUGAUCAGAAUGGAAUCAUAUCAACUCUCCUAGGCUCUAACGAUCUGACUUCAGCCAGACCUUUAACUUGUGACACGAGCAUGCACAUCAGCCAGGUACGUCUGGAAUGGCCCACUGACCUAGCCAUUAACCCUAUGGAUAACUCCAUUUAUGUCCUGGAUAAUAAUGUAGUUUUACAGAUCACUGAAAAUCGUCAAGUGCGCAUUGCUGCUGGGCGGCCCAUGCAUUGCCAGGUGCCAGGAGUGGAAUAUUCUGUGGGCAAGCACGCAGUUCAGACGACCCUGGAGUCGGCUACUGCCAUUGCUGUGUCCUACAGUGGGGUCCUGUACAUCACUGAAACCGACGAAAAGAAAAUUAACCGGAUAAGGCAAGUCACCACAGAUGGGGAGAUCUCCCUGGUUGCUGGGAUACCGUCAGAGUGUGACUGCAAAAACGAUGCCAAUUGUGACUGCUACCAGAGCGGAGAUGGCUAUGCCAAAGAUGCCAAACUGAGCGCUCCGUCCUCCCUUGCCGCCUCUCCGGAUGGUACCCUGUACAUUGCAGACCUAGGAAACAUUCGGAUCCGGGCUGUGUCAAAGAACAAGCCUUUACUUAACUCUAUGAACUUCUAUGAAGUUGCCUCUCCAACUGAUCAAGAACUCUAUAUCUUUGACGUCAAUGGCACUCACCAGUAUACUGUGAGUUUAGUCACUGGCGAUUAUCUGUACAAUUUUAGCUACAGCAAUGACAAUGAUAUUACUGCUGUGACCGACAGUAACGGCAAUACCCUUAGGAUUAGACGGGACCCAAAUCGGAUGCCAGUUCGAGUGGUGUCUCCUGAUAACCAAGUGAUAUGGUUGACCAUAGGGACAAAUGGAUGUUUGAAAAGCAUGACCGCUCAAGGACUGGAGUUAGUUUUGUUUACUUACCAUGGCAACAGCGGCCUUUUAGCCACUAAAAGCGAUGAAACUGGAUGGACAACAUUUUUUGACUAUGACAGUGAAGGUCGUCUGACAAAUGUGACGUUUCCAACCGGAGUGGUCACAAACCUCCAUGGAGACAUGGACAAGGCUAUCACAGUGGACCUUGAGUCAUCCAGCCGAGAAGAAGGUGUCAGCAUCACUUCAAACCUGUCCUCCAUCGACUCAUUCUACACUGUGGUUCAAGAUCAGUUAAGAAACAGCUACCAGGUUGGUUACGACGGCUCCCUUCGAAUCCUGUACGCCAGUGGCCUGGAUUCGCACUACCAGACUGAGCCACACGUUCUGGCCGGCACAGCUAACCCAACAGUUGCCAAAAGAAACAUGACUCUUCCUGGUGAAAACGGUCAGAAUUUGGUGGAAUGGAGAUUCCGAAAAGAGCAAGCCCAAGGCAAAGUCAAUGUCUUUGGUCGAAAGCUCAGGGUUAAUGGCAGAAACCUCCUUUCAGUUGACUUUGAUCGAACAACAAAGACAGAAAAGAUCUAUGAUGACCACCGUAAGUUCCUCCUGAGGAUCGCCUAUGACACCUCAGGGCAUCCGACUCUCUGGCUGCCAAGCAGCAAGCUGAUGGCCGUCAAUGUCACCUAUUCACCCACGGGUCAAGUGGCCAGCGUCCAGCGGGGAACUACGAGCGAGAAAGUAGAUUACGACGGACAGGGGAGAAUCGUUUCCCGGGUUUUUGCUGACGGGAAAACAUGGAGUUACACGUACUUGGAAAAGUCCAUGGUGCUUCUGCUGCAUAGCCAGCGGCAGUACAUCUUCGAGUACGACAUGUGGGACCAGCUGUCGGCCAUCACCAUGCCCAGCGUGGCUCGCCACACAAUGCAGACCAUCCGCUCCAUCGGCUAUUACCGUAACAUAUACAACCCCCCGGAGAGCAACGCCUCCGUCAUCACGGACUACAACGAGGGGGGGCUGCUUCUCCAGACGGCCUUCCUGGGUACGAGUCGGAGGGUCUUAUUCAAGUACAGGAGGCAGACCAGGCUCUCAGAAAUCUUAUACGAUAGCACGAGAGUCAGCUUUACCUACGAUGAAACGGCAGGAGUCCUCAAAACGGUAAACCUCCAGAGCGAUGGUUUUAUUUGCACCAUCAGAUACAGGCAAAUUGGGCCUCUCAUUGACAGACAGAUCUUCCGCUUCAGUGAAGAUGGGAUGGUGAACGCAAGAUUCGACUACAGCUAUGACAACAGCUUUCGGGUGACCAGCAUGCAGGGUGUCAUCAAUGAAACUCCGCUGCCCAUUGACCUCUAUCAGUUCGAUGACAUUUCCGGAAAAGUGGAGCAGUUUGGAAAAUUUGGAGUUAUAUAUUAUGAUAUUAACCAGAUCAUUUCCACAGCUGUAAUGACUUACACGAAGCACUUUGAUGCUCACGGCCGCAUCAAGGAAAUUCAGUAUGAGAUCUUCAGGUCACUCAUGUACUGGAUUACAAUUCAGUAUGAUAACAUGGGUCGGGUAACCAAGAGAGAGAUUAAAAUAGGGCCCUUCGCCAACACUACCAAAUAUGCUUAUGAGUAUGAUGUUGACGGACAGCUCCAGACAGUUUAUCUAAAUGAAAAAAUCAUGUGGCGCUACAACUACGACCUGAACGGAAACCUCCAUUUACUGAACCCAAGUAACAGCGCACGCUUGACGCCUCUUCGCUAUGACCUGCGGGACAGGAUCACCCGACUGGGUGAUGUUCAGUACCGGUUGGACGAAGAUGGUUUCCUGCGUCAGAGAGGCACAGAGAUCUUUGAGUACAGCUCCAAGGGGCUUCUGACCCGAGUGUACAGUAAAGGCAGCGGCUGGACCGUGAUCUAUCGUUACGACGGCCUGGGAAGGCGUGUGUCUAGCAAGACCAGUCUGGGACAGCACCUGCAGUUUUUUUACGCGGACCUCACUUAUCCCACCAGGAUUACUCACGUCUACAACCAUUCGAGUUCAGAGAUCACCUCCCUCUAUUACGAUCUCCAAGGACAUCUUUUUGCCAUGGAAAUCAGCAGCGGGGACGAAUUCUACAUCGCGUCAGACAACACAGGGACACCACUGGCUGUCUUCAGCAGCAACGGGCUUAUGCUCAAACAGAUUCAGUACACCGCAUACGGCGAAAUCUAUUUUGACUCCAACGUUGACUUUCAGCUGGUGAUUGGAUUUCAUGGUGGCUUGUAUGACCCACUCACAAAAUUAAUCCACUUUGGAGAAAGGGAUUAUGACAUUUUGGCAGGACGAUGGACAACGCCUGACAUAGAAAUCUGGAAAAGGAUUGGGAAGGACCCAGCUCCCUUUAACCUGUAUAUGUUUAGGAAUAACAACCCUGCAAGCAAAAUCCAUGAUGUGAAAGACUACAUCACAGAUGUUAACAGCUGGCUGGUGACAUUUGGCUUCCAUCUGCACAAUGCUAUUCCUGGGUUCCCUGUCCCCAAAUUUGAUUUAACGGAGCCUUCUUACGAACUGGUGAAGAGUCAGCAGUGGGAUGAUGUACCGCCCACGUUUGGAGUCCAGCAGCAGGUGGCGAGGCAGGCCAAGGCCUUCCUGUCCCUGGGCAGGAUGGCCGAGGUGCGGGGGAGCGCGCGCCAGGGCAGCGGCGCGCCGUCGUGGCUGUGGUUUGCGACGGUUAAGUCGCUGAUCGGCAAGGGCGUCAUGCUGGCCGUGAGCCGGGGCCGCGUGCAGACCAACGCGCUCAACAUCGCCGACGAGGACUGCAUCAAGGUGGCAGCCGUGCUCAACAGCGCCCUCUACCUGGAGGACCUGCACUUCACCGUCGAGGGCAGGGACACGCACCACUUCAUCAAGACCAGCACGCCCGAGGGCGACCUGGGCACGCUGCGCCUGACGAGCGGCCGCCGGGCGCUGGAGAACGGCAUCAACGUGACCGUGUCGCAGUCCACCGCCGUGGUCAACGGCAGGACCCGCAGGUUCGCGGACGUGGAGCUGCAGUUCGGCGCGCUGGCGCUGCAUGUGCGCUACGGCGCGACCCUGGACGAGGAGAGGGCGCGCGUGCUGGAGCAGGCGCGGCAGCGCGCGCUCGCCCGGGCCUGGGCGCGCGAGCAGCAGCGCGUGCGCGACGGCGAGGAGGGCGCGCGCCUCUGGACGGAGGGCGAGAAGCGGCAGCUGCUGAGCGCCGGCAGGGUGCAGGGCUACGACGGCUACUACGUGCUCUCGGUGGAGCAGUACCCCGAGCUGGCAGACAGCGCGGACAACAUCCAGUUCCUCCGCCAGAGCGAGAUCGGCCGCAGGUAACGCCCGAGCCGGCGGCGGGGAAGCGCGCGCGCGCGCGGGGGCCGAACCGGCGGGGCCGCCUGCCUCUCCAGCCCCAGGCGCAGCGCCACCCCCGCGCAGAUGUGUCUGGGGCGCGAGCCGAGGGGGCUCCCCGGCACCGAGGAGAGCCAGACUGCUCUUAAAAAAAAAAACAACACCCCCCCCCAAUCAAAGCAGACAGACAAAAACAAAACCUUUCUUCUGAAUGACCUUAAAGGUGAUCGGCUUUAAAGAAUAUGUUUACAUACGCAUAUAGCUGCACUCAGUUGGACUGAAAGUAUUGCGAGGAAAACAGAUCAUUAAAGGAAAAAAAAAAAGCCCAACCAUUUUGCCCCGGGCCGUUCUUCGAGGCACUGUGUUUAAAGAAGGUAGAGAUGCAUACAGUGUUUCCAGAUAUUACCCAGCUGUCGACCUUUGCUUACAAGAAGUAGUCUCUCUGCAUAGGGUGUGAUGUAUAUCCCUGUCAAUGUUAGAAUGUGAGGCAGAGUUACUGUUCCUGGACAACCCGACUGCUUCCCCAGUGCUGCUUUGUAAAAGGACAUUGGCACAAGUGACUUCUGCCGGGGGCGGGGAUUUCUAAGGGAUUUUACGAGGCCAACGUGGUGUGCCUCGCGGAGAAAAACACCGGCCCACACAGAAUCCUUGUCACUGAUGAUGAGCAAAGGAAGCCCUGAUUUUUUUGUAAAUUAUGUGAGACAAGUUGUUUAUGGAUUUUUAUAUGAAUUACAAUUUACUGUACAUCAAAUAUUAGUCUCAGAGGAGUUAAUUUAUGUAAAGUGUUUAAAAGGUUUAUACUUAAAAAUAAAACGAUAAAAACAUGUGAACUGUGUGAUUUUUUAAAAAGGAUUGCACCUUUUGUUAUCUGUUAUAGCUGUACAGUAUAAAUUAUUAUAUUGUAGAGAUAUAACGACUUAUGCCUAUAAUGUCCGGAAGUGUUAAUAUUUUUGUAUCAGGUUGAAAAAAAUGUGCCACCUUCUAUCGCUAGACCGGUAGGACAGUGCAGUCCUACGUGGGUGGCUGGCUCAUCAGAGAACUUCUCCUUUCUCUUCUCUUUUUCAUCAGGCCAGUGUCCUCGACCGUUAUCAGCUAAGAGGCACGGUAGAAAACUAAGGCUGGUGGAAUGUAACGGAAGAUACAAACACAAAAACAAACAAACAAAAACAAAACAACAAAAACAACCAAAAUGGGGUGGGAGGAGUUCUCUGGCCCUCUCUCGGCCCUGGAAGUCCGUGGGGAGUUGGUGUCGUUAACCCCAGGGUUCUACUGUUAGCGUUCCUUGAAGCCUCAUUUCGUGAUGGAGGCGAGAGACCCCGUCGGGUGCUCGGGAAACCUUUGUGAGCAGGAAAGGGGCUGAUGCAGUCGUGACCACAAACAUGUGUCUUCAGAUCCAGGGAAGCGAGCAGAAACCGAGCAGUGGUGAGAGAGCCAGAUGGGGAAGGUCAGGGUCCCUCGGCCGGUCUCGAGUUUGGACCCUCGGGUCACCAAGAGGGACAAGAAAGGGAGGCAAAAGCUGCCCUAAGCCCGCACGACGCAGCCUGCCCGGGAGCUGGUUUGAACGGCAGCCUCGUCUGUCUCUGGGACGCCGGGUGUGGCAGCCGCCGCGGGAAAUGACCUGGCAGCCGGGCCGCGCGCCCGCGCGCCGAGCACCCGCACUUCCGUGCGCCUCUGGCCGCUCUGGCUCGUCUCUUUCGUGAGCGCGCAAUUCAGCCGCAAAGAUAUUUGCAGAAAACCUUUCUCAGUUCAUUGGGCUAUCGUACACGCUGUCUUCCUCUAUGUAUAACGGCGGUAAAACAUAGCUGAGUGAACAUGUCGCACAUAUAAAGGUCCAGGCGAUGUACUGGAGAUAACGUUCUAACUGCUUUGUAUCACGUACUCUAAAUUGCACAGUAGGCGUGUUGGCUGGGAAAGUUCAAGAUAGCUACUGAGUGUCCAGUAGCAGUGCUAUCACCGUCUGUGUGUUUGGUAGCUACCGAAGUAAUUAAUCUGAUGAAUGCCGAUAUUUUAGUAGAAUGAAAGCACAGAGUAGCAGUACUAUUUUUUAUCCUGGAAAUCCUUUGGCGAGUAUUAUGAAGCCCAAAUUUAGAAAACUAUGAGAUUUCAAACCACAUACACAUGGCUCUGUUCUACAUUUUAUUUUCUACCUGUUGACAUAGGUGUUUGCAGCUCUGUUCCACGGCGUCUCUGCAGGGCUGCAUUUAGCAUGCUGUAAGUACUUUUGGUUGAAAGAGGCUCUGAGCCUAAAUUCUCCGAAGUGUUUCUAAUGUAUUGGCCAUGGAAAGCUUGUACCACAUGACCGUAGUGGAGUCACAGCCUUACCCUCCUCUUGACGUGGACUCUGGUCCUUCACACUGGCACCGCUGAGUAACAGAUUUGGAGUAUCUCCUGGUGCUUAUUUUAGAUGAAGUCAAAUCAACCCAAUUAGUGUCUUGUUAGCGGGUAUAAUGAGCUAUUUCUUUGUCAAAAGACUUGUGAUCUGGACAUGGUUUUACGAGAAAUAGUGACCUUGGGGAAUAUGUAAACAAAAGACCUUUUUCUAAGAGUUGGCAGGGAGGUGGGGGACUGUGUAAUGAAAAGAAUUCGCUUACAAAAGAGAAAUGAAUAUUCAAAGUAUUUUAGGCGCAGCCAGUCAAAACGCUCUCGUGAUAUUUUGAGAUGUAACUCUGGUCUGAUUUGUAUUGUUCUUCUCAUCCGCCUUCUUAACUUUAUAUGUGACCUGAUUCUCCAUGACUUGAUGACUAUAGACUGCAUCUAGGCAUUCCAAUAAAAGCCAACCCAACGUG